AUGUUGUCGCUUUUACACUACGUGGUGGCGUGCGUGCUGUGCUAUGUACAGCAUGCUGCUGCACUCCCACAGGGAAUUACGCCAUCCAAAGCCUUAAACAUAACAUCUGCUACACCGACAGAGGCGUUCACGUUAGGUGACAGAAAUUGCGACUUUACCACGAUGGACGACUUCUUCAGCUAUGCCCACAAGAACAGCCUGAACAUCACCGUGGAGGUGCAGAACUGCCAAAACUUAUGCCUACUCACAUACGGGGUCGGAAACCCUGAUCUCUCAGGAAUCGGCAUGAUGUAUGCCUACAGUAUUCAAGCCGGGCUCACUAUCCUUGUCGGCCCUGUUUAUCGCAUCCUCUAUCUCGCAUUCAGCCCAGUGAGCGCCUUCGCCCGCGACCUGAAAGACAUCCAAGUCAACUUCUUCUCCUCGAAUGCUUUCUUCGUGGGUUCCUCCGCCCUCGCAACGCUCGCACACCUGUCCCAGAACCCAUCCACCUUUGAAAUUGCCGAGAUGCAGGCCAUGGCCUUCUUGCAAGUCAACAGCAUCCUUGUGACCUUCUUUUGUCUGGUCGUGACGCAGCCAGUGUCUCGCUGGGCAGCGCGCGUGCUGCUCUACUUUGUUGUGUUUGUCCUCGUCACUGUCGCCCUUGGCAAGAGCCAUCUGGGCAGCGAGAGCAGGGCAGACUGGCACCUUGCAUCUGAUGGUUGCGCGCACAGCUCCACCGACUACAGCGUCAUCAACCCGGUCCCGUAUCCAGGGUGGGCUUCUGCCAUUUUCGCAGUGGCCGGCACCGUUGCGUUCUGGCUGCAGACGCUGAAGGCGAAGUUCCAGGGCGACACGUUGCGCAGGACGGCGUUCAAGGUCUUGAUUCUGUUCUGGGUCUUGUUGAUUGGGCUUUUGACGGCGGGCAUGGUGGUUGGCGUGACGAUGAUGUGGCGACAGCGACGACACCUGCGCAGUCUGGCCAGGGACGAAUUUGAGGAUGAUGAGUGGGGGUUCGGCCAGAUUGCAGCUUUGACCAUCUGGGCGCCGAUUCCGGUUGAACUUGUAUAUAUUCUGAAUGACCUGCUCCAAAGAAAGUCCCAGCGAUGGCGGCGCUGGAAUUCAACCCUGAGCAUCUUUUUCUCUCCAAAGAGGUUGAACGAAGACCAGCCUGCAUCGAACUCACGCUCUCCACCAGAGAAGACGGUUGACAGUCCAAGUGGAAGGGUCAUGGAGGUGUCUGAUCCGUAA